UAGCAACUCUUCGCCAAGCGCUAAUUUGAUGCAUGAUUUCCUCCAAAAGUUUUGGUAAAACAUCUUCGAGAUUAGCCUGCGUUUACAUUUCUAAACCAGCCUCCUAACAAGCGGCCACCAUCUAGUAUAGAUGGAAUGAGAGAUUCGGAGGAGAGAGAUUACAGCGCCGCAGAACACGAAAAAACUAUGGAAGGUGAAGCCGCUGUCGAGGAAGACGAGGGUUUUCAUACAGUCACUGCUGAUGAAGACGAAAGCAGUGUGGCAGAGAAAGCUACGAAACAAGACAAGCCGCAAACGAAUAUGAAAGCCAACCAAGGUUCUAAGCCCGCAAGCUCCAAAGCAUCAACCCAUAUGGAUAAAAAGACACAACAGAUGUUAGCAGAGUUUUACAGGCUAAAGAAUCAGAUGAGAGAAUUUCAACAAUCCAUACAACGACCUCCUGUGAGACCAUUUACUCCUGAUAUUUUUAAUAGUCUAUCACCCUACUACAAUCCCUACAUGGUCAACACUACAAUUCAAGAUCUUCAGCAGGAGCAGGAACUUGUCCCAACCAAACAAGGAAGGCAGCACCAGACUUCCUCCUUUACCAAUGCCAAAUUUUCCGAAAUUCAACCAAUCAAAUUAUCAGCCACACAAAAUGACCUUUGAUCACUUAGCUGACUUCAGGAGCGAGCUAAGCAGCACCUCCGAGGCACUGGCAGAGAGGCAAGCCAAAGCUGAUUAUGAAAGAACAAUUCAGGACUGGAAUCGUAUGAAUCUAUCUGAACUGAAGAAACUUCCUCCCAGCCCCAGAUAUCACAUCAAAAAAGCCAUAGAGUCCUAUCUCGGGACUUCCCGAGGGUCGAGCCGUGCACUGAAACCGCUGACCAAAGAAUUGGAUGCAGCCUCUUGAGAAACUUGCAGCAGUGAGAGUUUUUUGGAGCCUUUAAUGAUUAAAUCAUUACGAGUGUUUAUAAAUAAAUUAUUCUAACAGCACUACAGGAAAAAGCCCGUUUUGGAUCGCAAUAUUUUCCAUACUUUUAGUUAUUGGCGUGAACUCAAUAUCCGCCAUGCACGUCAGUUGUUUUCUAUGAAGACAUUGAGAAGUGAAAACGUCUAAACCCUUCCGAGGGCCGGCAAGUACAGUCGAAGUCAACAGUCACACUUAGGAUCAUUUACGAGUGCUGACGAAGUCGAGACUGGUUUCUGCAAUUUUAGGAAAACAAUAUAUCAAACAAUUGUAGAAACCA